AUGGGUCUCCAUGAUCGCUAUCCUGCGUACGGUGGCCGUGGCCCCGGCGAUCUGCGACUAGGAAUUGGUCUUGGUGUGGUGGCGACUAUCUUUAUGGCUAUGCGAAUUUAUGUUCGACUCAGAAUUAACAAGUUUGGAACAACGGCUUUGAUCUGGUCGCUUGUCGCAUGGUUCCUUACUGCUAUUACGCAGACCUUCGGUGUUAUCUCCAUUCUCCACGGUCUCGGAAACAAGCUCGAGGUCGUGAUUGCUACUAAUCAACUUGGCAAUUACCUUCUUUUCACAUGGAUAACGGUAUUCUUCUUCAAUAUGGCCAUUCCAAUUGGAAAGGUUGCCGUGGCUGCAUUCCUAAUUGAAAUGAACAAGCAGGGCAAUCCAAAGAUCCGCCGAAGUCUCGUCGCCGUUGCCGUUAUCAACAUCGUCCUCAACAUCCCUCAAGUCAUCCUCCAAUGGUUCCAAUGUUCACCACCCUCCGCGUUAUGGGAUGCAACAAGACAAGACCAGUGUAACCAUACCACAAGCGUGCACUACACUUACUUCGUCGGAGCAGUAGCCGCCCUAUCAGACUUCUACCUCGCCAUCAUCCCCGUUACAAUGCUCGCCCCUCUCCGGAUAGACCGCAAGCUGAAAUGGGGGUUAAGUUUCCUCAUGGGCUGCGGUGUUUUCGCCGGUGUAGCAGCCAUAGUCCGCACAUGGGCUGCAAAGUUCAUUCUAAGCGAUGACCCACCCUACGGUGUCGGUACCCUCUUCCGCUGGGGUGAAGUCGAGGAAUGGGUCGUUCUCAUCACAAUGUCUAUUCCACCUGUCUGGCCUUUAUUCCGACCACUGACUACCCGCUUUAUCAAGUCGGGAGGCUCCUCCAGAAGUCCAAAUCAGUAUAUGCAGUAUAACCAGUAUGGAUAUAGGUCUAAGAAUGGGGAGAUGGGAUCGACUGCUGAGCCGCCAAUCGUUACUACUACAAUUUCUAUCUCGUCGACGAAGGGUGUUUCGGCGGCUGUGGAGCCUGUGGGGGCUUCUUCUUCGGCGGAUUCUAUUUCAAGAUAUGAUGAGGAAGAACCGGAGACGCCACAUACUGUCUUGAGUCACGGUGGUGAUCCGGAGGGGUGGGUGGAGUUGUCUCAUUAUAAAAAUCGUCACUCAUGA